CUAGGACACCUGUCCAAAGUGUUCAGAAUCACUCCUAAAAUAUUGCCGUCCUAGGCUCUCCAAGAUGGACCUCACAGCAGCAAAUCACCGCAUACCUCUAAGUGAUGGAAACAGCAUUCCUAUCAUUGGGCUUGGUACUUACUCAGAGCCUAAACAGUGUGCCUUCCUAUACAGCUUCAAGAAUGAGGACGAAGUGGGAGAGGCCAUCAGAGAGAAGAUAGCAGAAGGAUGGGUGAAGAGAGAGGAUAUUUUCUACUGCGGAAAGCUGUGGUCUACCCAUUUUGAACCAGAGAGGGUCCGCCCAUACCUGGAGAAGACACUCCAGGCCCUCCAGCUAGAUUAUGUUGAUCUUUACAUCAUUGAAAUGCCCAUGGCUUUUAAGCCUGGAGAUGAAUUUUAUCCUAGAGAUGAGUAUGGCAAUUGGUUAUAUCACAAUUCAAAUCUGUGCGCCACUUGGGAGGCUUUGGAAGCUUGCAAAGAUGCUGGCUUGGUGAAAUCUCUUGGUGUAUCCAAUUUUAACCGCAGGCAGCUGGAACUAAUACUAAACAAACCAGGACUCAAAUAUAAGCCAGUCUCCAACCAGGUGGAAUGCCAUCCAUAUUUCACCCAGAGAAAACUCCUGGAAUUUUGCCAACAGCAUGACAUUGUCAUUGUUGCAUAUAGCCCUCUCUCUCUAUAAGACACAUCAAAACAUAUUUACUGGGUGAAUGUAUCUAUCCCACCUUUGUUAAAGGAUGAACUUCUAAACUCAUUGGGGAAAAAGUACAAUAAGACUGCAGCUCAGGUUGCUUUGCGUUUCACUAUCCAGCGAAGGAUAGUUGUCAUUCCUAAAAGCUUUAACCCUAAAAGGAUCAAAGAAAACUUUCAGAUCUUUGACUUUUCUCUCACUGAAGAAGAAAUGAAGAGCAUCGAAGCCUUGAAUAAAGAUGUCCGCUUAGUGGAUCUGCUCUUGUGGUCUGAUCAUCCUGAAUAUCCAUUCCAUGAAGAAUACUGACCUCAGAUAGCUCCUGCACUUAUUUUUCCCUGCGUGUGUACCAUGACCUUUGGCUGGGUGAUUCCCCCACACGUGGAAGUGAAAAGGGUUUUACUAUCCUCAGAUGAAGUGGCAAUGGGCUUAACUUCUGUAUAAGAGAAGUGACUCUGACUCAGCUAUGUUGAAGAAAAAAAUGUUUAAAUCUGUUGAAAUAAUAGUUUGGAAUUAAAUAAUUAAGUUGUCAGCAAAGCCAUAAUGAUUUGGUUGUUGU